AGGAGAAGAUAGUUCAGGUCCAAGCCCUUGACCCUGCACCCUUCUUGCUCAUCACCUCCUGGGAAACUGUUCGGAAGGAUAGGGUUGGGAACUACGGAAGAGAAAUCUUAACCCUCUAUACCCUUUCUCCCCUCACUUCCCCAGCCCGACCUGUCCCGUUUAGCGGGCUCAGCUUGGAUAGUGACUCCAACUUGCCUUGGGGGAUGGGAAGAAUUGGGGGAAGGGAAGUUUGGAAGCCAAGACUUUGCUCCCAAGCCACCUUCCCAAGCCCUGGCAGGGAGGUCAGCGCCCUCGAAACCUCAGUCCGGCCACGGAAUAAAUAAAUGAUGUCUAUUUAAAAAAAAAAAAAAAAUAGAGAGAGCAUCCCUCCCAGCGGCCCUCCAAAGCAGCCACCUCGGCUGGGCGGGGACGGAGGAGGAAUGGGGCGGGGGGCGCCGGCUAGCUGCGCAGCCCCAAGUCCCACCUUAAGAGGCGGUGCCUGGCGCUGGGGAGUGUCAGGAAGAGGAAGAGGCUAGGGAGCCGAGCGGGAGGCUGAGUGAACGAGCGAGCGAGGAGCGAGCUAGCCAGUGGCCGUGCCGGAGCGGCCAGUCCCACGGCGCGCCAGAGAGAGCAGCUCCGCGCCGCGCAAGCAGCCGCCCGCGCAGCCGUAGCCGGCCCCUCCACCCCCCCCAGCCCUGCCAGCAGCCCCGCUCGGCGCGGCGCGGCCAGACCCCCGGCCACAAUGGCCACCGACGAGCUGGCCACCAAGCUGAACCGGCGGCUGCAGAUCGAGGACGGCGGCGAGGGCUCCGAUCACGAGCAGGGGCAGGAGCAGCGGCCGCAGUCCGGGCUCAAUGGAGCCGCGGCCGGAGCAGGGCCCGGGGCAGCGGACGAGUCCGGGGAUCCGCUGGCCAGCGCCGACUGCGAGCUCAGCGCCAAGCUGCAGAGGCGCGCGGACCUCAACCUGGGGAUCGGAGAGCCUGUGUCCCCCAGCCGGAGGGUCUUCAACCCCUACACCGAGUUCAAGGAGUUCUCCAGGAAGCAGAUCAAGGACAUGGAGAAGAUGUUUAAGCAGUAUGACGCUGGCCGAGAUGGCUUCAUUGACCUGAUGGAGCUGAAGCUCAUGAUGGAGAAACUUGAAGCUCCUCAGACACAUCUGGGUCUGAAAAACAUGAUCAAAGAAGUAGAUGAGGAUCUUGACAACAAGCUGAGUUUCCGGGAGUUCCUCCUGAUUUUCCGAAAGUCGGCAGCAGGGGAGCUGCAGGAGGACAGCGGUCUUCAUGUUCUCGCCCAGCGCUCCGAAAUCGAUGUCUCGACGGAGGGCGUUAAAGGAGCCAAGAACUUUUUCGAGGCCAAAGUCCAAGCAAUCAAUGUCUCCAGCAAGUUCGAGGAGGAGAUUAAAGCUGAGCAGGAGGAACGCAAACGACAGGCCGAGGAGCAGAAACAAAGAAAAGCCGCCUUCAAGGAGCUUCAGUCGGCCUUCAAGCAGUGAGGAGGGGGCAGGGCGGGGCCCAGCCAGCCCCUCUUGGCCCCUGCCCCAUGGAGGCUCCAAGGAAAGGCCGAGUAGCUCAUGGUUGAACGGACCAAUUCUUAAGAGCUGUUGCCUGUGAAUGAUGAGCCCACCUGGGCCUUAACCCAGCCUCCCAGUUCCUGCCUGUUUGCUCUUCCCGUGUUCCCCUAACAAUACGGCCAUCACCACCGGCUUCCUCUGGCAACUCUGCCCACUCCAGGAAACCCCUUUCAGAUAUAAUCCUGUAUCUAGGCCCUUAGGACUCCCCUGUAGCCCCCAGUGCACGGGCUUCUCCAUUGAGUAGAAGAACAUGCCCUUUUAGAGCAGUUGCAGGCACAGACCCCUUCCCCUUUCUCUCUGUUCUCCCACCCCCUUCCUUCCUUCUCCUUUGCCCUCAUCUUCCUCCUCCGCCAACCCCUGCCAGCUCUGCCAGCCCCACAAGGAACCCUCAGGGCUCAAAACAGGUCAUCAGCCCCGUGCUCUGGAGCCAGUUACCACCUCUUAUCAUGUAAGAAAGGGGAAAAGCAAUCCUUUACCACAAGUCAGAGAGCAGAGAGGGGCAGCCUAGAUAGAUGAAACAUAAAAUCAGCGCACUAAAACUGAAAGGGACUUCAAAGGUCAUCUAGUCAGAUCCCUUCAAUCCCAUUUUGCAGAUGGAAAAACUGAGGCCUAAGGAAAGCUGUCACUUUCCCAAGGGGCAGCUUAGAUAGAUGAAACAUAAGCCCUAGAGCUGAAAGGGACUUCAAAGGGCAUCUAGUCAGAUCUCUCCAACCCCAUUUUGCAAAUGGGAAAACAGAGGGCCAAGGAAAACUGUUACUUUCCCAAGGUCUCCCCAUCAUUCCUUGCCCCCCCCCCCCGGAUCUGGCAAGAAAGCCUGGAAGUCCCAUGAUAAUAGUUCAGUAGUACAAGGACAUCCCACCAUGUAUCUAAAUUCUAACGCCUCAUGUUCAGACUGGGUUGAGGUAGGUAGGGGAGCAGUUGUACCCCUCUUGCCUCAUUAGGCCCACUGUCAUCCCAUAAGAUGGGAUGUCCAAGGCACAAGUGGGCCUAGUGGGGCAAAAACACCCAACUCCAAGGGCCUCAGUGGGGCACAACAAUGCUGGAGGGUUUAAUAAACAAAGAAUGGGAAAAUUGUGGGGUAGGAAGGGAGAGAAAAAAUACAACUAUCGGACUUCUCCAGGCAGCAUCCAAAAAGUGCUUUUAGGUGUAUUUGCAUGCACUGUGACAUUGAAGAGCCAAAGGGUCUGCUUUAGCCCCUGGGUUCUGCCCUUUCUCCUUUCACAGUUCAGACCCAUUCAUUCGUCAUUCUCUCCAUUCACACAAAUGUGUGGUGCGGUGUCCGACUGGACAUUAUUCACUGUCUUGCCAGGUUGAUUUUGGUGAUCAAGACAAGUCUUAUUGUGUGCACCAGGCUAGGGAAGCAUGAGAGCCCCUGGCCUGGCUCCUCUGUGACCUCCCCCCCAACCUCACGGCCUGAGCGACAGCCAGUGGUGGCCUUGCUUCCCAAGAUGUUGUGUUUUCUGUCAAUGUGAUUUCUUAAUGCUGUGAUCGGUCGUCAGUCGCCCAGCCAAAACACAAACCAACCCGCUCUGCCACUGAAGUUAUGCAACCUCUCUGUGUCUCUCGUGACAAUGUCACUGCUUUCUAGACUCAAUACCCUUUAUUUUAGUAACUCAGAAGAUCAUACUAAGCUCACUGUUGAACUUUCAGAGGUUUUAUUUUGGUAUAAAUAAUCUGCAGAAAUCAGAGAUACUAAUGAAGCAGCAACGGGAAUCCCCGGUGGUGUUUCCUUAGGAAAUGUCUUUGUACAGAUGACUAUAAAUUUUUUUUUUUUGCUUUUGGGUUUGUCCCCCCCCCUUUAAAAAAAAAAAAAACUUCAUUCAGUGGAAGUUAUUUUUUUUAACUAAAAUACAAUAAAAACCAUUCUA